AUGUCCUAUUAUCGUCCCAACUACAAUCAAAAUGGACGUCACAACAGCAAUACUACUAAUAAUAACAACAACAAUAACAACAAGAAUUACUCUUAUGAUGAUUAUUCUGAAUCUGAAUACGAAGAGUAUCCUGAACGUGGAUAUAAUGCUGACGAAUUUGCAUCCCUUUUGAGUGGAUUACGAAAUACCACUCGUGCCAUUCAGAACAUCACUGAUUACUGUGCAGAAUAUAUUGAUUUUGCUACUCCUAUUUCUGAGGACAUAAAGCGACAUAUUCUUAAAACAAAUCCAGACUAUAAAUUGGCAGGGUUUUAUCUUAUCGAUUAUCUUGUCAAGACUAUAGAUCAACCUUAUACAGCAUUGUUUUCUAAAGACUUGUUGAAACUAUUUGUAGAUACUUAUGGUGUUGUUAAUGAUAAUGUUAGAAAAAAAUUGAUUGAUCUUUUCAUUAUUUGGGAGAAUCCAAGUGCUCCAAGAUUUCCAUCCAAUGUAUUGGUUAGAUUACGAAAAUGUAUUAUUUCUGUGACAAAUAAUCCAGAUAUUAUUGACGAAACCAAAGAAGGUAUAUCAAGUCAAGUCCUCGUGCGAGAUUUGAAAGCUCAUAAUAAAUGUAUAACCGAAAGAGAUAAAGAUCUUGAUUUGUUUAAACAACAUCCAUUAGCUGAAUUUUUUAUUGGUGAAGAUUGGGAAAAAUUUGAAAAAGUGAAAACAGACAACUAUGCAUUAACUGCAGAAAUAAAUGGGAUUUUUGAUCAAAUGGAGGGAUUGGGUAUUAGUACAACUAUUGAUCAGGGUCAACGUAAUACGAGUCUUUUCAAUGAGCAAGCAGAAGAGAUUUUUGAUCAAGUGAUGAAAGUUAAAAAGGAACAAGAUAGACAAAGCAUUCAAUGGAAAACUUUUAAACAAGAGAUUGGCCUACUAUUGUUCGAGAGAAAGCAAGAAUAUGAAAAACAAAAAAUUAAAAAAGCUCGAAAGAAUGUUGGCAUUAGAUAUCUUAAGAAUAAUUAUCAUGAAAUUGAUCCAAAUCCAGUCGGAUCUUUUUUCCUGAAUGUGUUAGACGAUUCUGAUGAGUUCAAGGAAGCAGUGAAAAAAUUUGGUAAACCUAUUAAAUUCACUGAUGAAGAUUUGUUAUUUGUUCAUGAAGAAGAUCAAGUCGAUAACUAUGAACCUGGAUCCGACACAGGUGAAAGCAAUGCCCUUAUUGCUUUUCAAAAUGAACCCAGUAGUAAUUCAUUGGGACUUGCUAUUGACUUUGGUAUUUUCAAUGAAACUGAUGAUCCUGGAAUUGAAGAUAAUAUCCCAGCUGGUUCAUCAGAGGAUAAUAACCGUGAAUUAGCAUUGGUUAGAGGAGAUGGAAAUACUGAGACAGCGGUUGCACAAGAGAAUAUGUCAAAAGUUGGUGAAUUACAGUCGAGUUACAAUAGUUCCAAACAGAACCAAUCUGAAUUACUUGAUACCCUGGAGCUUCUUGAAAGAUUCAAAAAUAAAUACCAAGUGAAAGAUUCAUCAAAUGAAAAAUUAUUGACAUCUAGUAGAGAACAGGUGCAGCAACCUCGUGAUAAUGAAUAUGGUCAACAACUACUGCAAUUGCAGAAUAUAAAUGGAGAAGGAAAUACAUCAACAGAGACAAAUACCAAGAGAUUGGAUUCAAGUUCUAUUAUAUCAACCCUUGAAGAGAUUAGAAACAAGUACUUGACUCCAGCUUCUAACAAUGGGAAAAUCGAUGAGACAGAGAGAUCUCCAGUUGAUAAUGGCACACAAUCAGUUAAUACUAGCUCUAUUAGUAACGUGAAUGAUGGAAUGAUGGUUGAUGAAAGUCAAGAAGAACCUGUAGUAAGAACUGAAAAACAAGGUGAAAAUAGAAUUAGAAAUUCUUCUCCAUCAAUCGCCCAUACCCUGAAUGCAUCGCAAACAAUAGCAACACAUUCUACUACUCCAAAAUCAGCUCCAAUUCAAUCAACAACCAAUUUCGAAGAUCAACAUCAAAAACCAAUACCGUCAACAACCAGAAGACCAAGUUUUUCAUACAUGGAGAAGUAUGGUAAUGCCAAACAUCAACAGCUGGUCCGUACAAGUGAAACACUGAACCAACAAACUUUUGAAGACUCUACUUCCACUACAUUAUUACCACCGAGACAACCACAGCCACAAUCACUGUUAGUAAGAAAGCAUCCCGAUCAACAGCAACAAAAAUCACCACAACUACGUAGCCCAAAUGAACCCUUUGUUCCACUACACAGUACGACUACGGGUUCCACCAUAGCACCUGGAAAUAGUGAACAUUUGUCAAUUUCUACACAACAGGAACCUCGACCAUGGUCUCCUGUUCCACCUACAAUUUCUCAAUCACAGUCCGAUCAAAACAAACAAUUAAAGGUAAACGUAUCGUUAGACAUCACAUCGCAUAAUAAUAACCCGAUUUCCAACAACAGUCCACAAUCAAGCGUGGAUGUACUGAAUGAAAUGACAACCAAUAAAAAUUCACCAUCAUUAGCACUGGAAGGUCCUACAAAUACAGAAGUGUCUACAACAUCAUCCUCGACGACAAAGAAGCUAAGAAUAAGUGAUUAUAAACAACAAAAGUCGCUUUCACCAACUAUUAGAGUACCGUCACUGGCCAAAGAAAAGUCCAUUUCAUCUCCUACAGAACAAGCUACUUCACGCCCUCUGUUGGAUUCAACUAGACAUUCACAUUCAUAUGGAGGUUUGGCCAUUCCUAGACGUAAAUCAAGUUUGAAGAGACCAAGUGACUCCAAUAUUUCAUCGUCAAAACCUUCAAAGCUGGUUAGAUUUGAGUAA